AUGGCACCCGAAACUUAUUCCACCAACGAUUCUUUUGAAUUUGAAGAACAACUUCAAUUCCUAUAUGACGAAAGACAUUUAAAGCACCUUAAUAUGACAUUGGCAAAGUUGCCUCCGAAAAAAAUCAUCGAAUGGGCGAUGGUUACUUUACCUGAUUUAUAUCAAACUACAUCUUUUGGUCUUACAGGCCUUGUAAUUUUGGAUAUGAUAUCAAAAAUUAGCCAAGAAUAUGCUGAAGAAAACGAGUCUGAACCGCAACAUUUGGUCCCACUUAUCUUUCUUGAUACACUCUAUCAUUUUCCCGAAACUUUGUCCCUCGCGAAGAAUGCUUCUUCCCGAUAUAAGGCAAAAUUAAAUGUUUUUAAACCACUUGAUUGUGAUAACGUUCAUGAUUUUGAACGAAAUUAUGGUACAAGGCUCUGGGAGACUGAUGAAGCUACUUAUGACUAUUUGGUUAAAGUCGAACCCGCGAGAAGAGCUUACAAAGAAUUAGGAGUCAAGGCAGUUCUAACUGGACGUCGUCGAAGUCAAAGAGGAGACCGUGAACAUAUUAAUAUUCUAGAAAUAGAAGAGAAAACCGGUUUGCUAAAAUUGAACCCACUUGCUAACUGGGAUUUUACGAGAGUUAUAACUUAUAUCCGUGCUAAUGAGGUACCAUAUAACAAACUUUUGGACCAAGGAUACCGGUCAAUUGGAGAUUGGCACAGCACCAAGCCAACCAAUGAUCCAUCAAACGAGCGUGGUGGAAGAUGGGAAGGAAAAACCAAAACAGAAUGCGGAUUACAUAAAGAUUAUUUCAAAAUGCGUGCAGCUUUCCUUGAGGCACAAAAGAAGAGACCAAAAUUAGAGAAAUCCCAAUCACUUUAG